AAAAAUUUUCGGUAAAAAUGACACUGGAAAAUUUAUUUUUGACUCUUAAUUUGGGUUGUGAGAUGAUUUAUGUGAUAGACCAACGACUGAAUGCGCAACAUGUAGCGGUGGACAAGUCGGCGACAGUCUUGCGAGAUCUCACAGAGGUACUGCUGGAUCAUAAAUUCUUGAAUUACAUCACGACCGGAUACGAGAAUAAAAUGUUGACUUUGCAACAAGCGAGGAUUUUGUUGACGGACAUUGCCUGUUGCUCCCUCAUGCGUCUCGACAUGAACUCGAUGGACAAAUUGUGGGAACUGAUGGUUAUGAUGCUCAAAUGGCAGCUUUUUGUCACGGAAAACGCCCAAAACCUGAUGGACAUCACAUUCCGUCACUUGGAUGGCAUUGCGCGCCUUUUCCCCGAGAUGCGCAAAUCAAUUCUCAUCGAUUCAACCAAACAAAUCAUCAUCGACUACUGGGAUCAACUGAAUGACGGCAACAAAACCACCGUCGUCAAUAACAUGAAAACGUGGCUAAAACCCUUCAACACGAAAAUUUCCAUACUUUUACGUCUCGGAUUGCAAAAUCAAGAUGGAUCUUUUGUCGUAACUCCCGUAAAUAACGAUUUUUUCGACUACUACAGCAAAAAUUUAGGCACCAAUAUUUACGCAAAAACGGCGCAUUUGCAACCAAAAGACCUGGCAAAGGCUGUAAAAGAUGCCAGUCGAGAACCGUCACCUUUAAAUACGCGAGAAUUUGAUACUUUGUUCGAUCAAUUGGGCAUUUCGACGGAAACGAGAGCCAGUAGUAGUUUGCCAGUGGUGCCAAAUGUCCUCAGUUUGUCGGAUAUGUUGGGAGAUGUCAAUGUAAAUUUAGAGGCGCAAAAUGAGACGGAAGACGGAGACACCAAAACGCACCUGGAAAUGUUCAUGAAGGGCUUGAACGAGCGAGGAAGGCAGGAAAGUUCCUCAGAACUCGGAGAUUUGGUAUAAAAAGUCACGGCAAACGUAAAUUUAUUAAAGCCCGUAAAUCAUCUAUGCAUGAGAAAUUAGAUCUGCGAUAAUUCAUAAAACGAUAUUUGCCAAAAAACGUGAAUAAAUUCAGAGCUCAUUAUUUCAGCAACGAUCGCAAAGGACGCAAAUCGCAUAGAAAAAAAAUAUUAAUAAGAAAAAUAUUUAUUGCCGUCACAACUAAUAUUGUUAUUAUUUAUAUAAUAUAAUAAUAACAAAAAAAUAAA